AUGGAGGAUUCUACUUCCAUCAACCAGGCAGCCCACACAUUCACUGCGCGUCGAACAGAGAUGUACCGCAGCACCGACACGUGCGCUCCAACGCCCCUACUGCAACAGCUAUCCCUACGCCUCCUCGCCCUGCCCCAACUCUCAAAACUAGAACUCGCUAUCAUCAAAACCAAACGCCAACAAGACACCUUCUCCUCCCUCUUCCACCACCACUCCCUCACCCUCCCCAACAUUCUCACCCUCACCCUCGGCCCGGGCCUGCAAUGGCUCAUCCCCCACUGCCCCAACGUCCGCACCAUAACCUCCGACCCCUACUCCCGCCACUCCUCCCUCCCCGGCGCCCCGAGCGGCAGCAACUGGCACCUCGACCUCGUCCACGCCGCCGGCUCCGCGAAACACCUGCACCAUCUCGAAGUCGACGAUCGCAUGUCCGCUCCCCUCCUGCUGCGCCACAUCACCACGUCCGUCCCGCACAUCGGGAGCGUCGGCACCUUUUCCGGCCGUUGGGAGAAUGGAAUCGAUCGUCUCUUCCCACUGCUGAAGCAAUUGCGGGAGCUGCGGACGCUGGCGUUGGCGGACGUCGCGGAUCUGCACGUCGGUUACGAGCCGCCGAGAUGCGGGAACGUGUUCCUCGGGCCGGGUGGGGAUGAGUAUCGGCAGCAGUUGGAAGAGGAGAAGGGCAGGGCUGUUCGAUACGUGGGGCGCAAGGUGUUUGAGCGGUUGGAGGGGUUGGAGGAGUGCUGGGUGGGGAACUGGGACCGCGCGGUCGUUAGAAGGGGGAAGGAAGGGAGCGUGAUGGACGUUGCGUGGGAGAGGGGGUGGAGGUUUGGGGUUGUCCACAAGAGCAGGUUUGGAGGGUGA